AGCCGAGGCAGCUACAGCGGCGGCGGCGGCGUAGGGGCUGGUACGCGCUGGGCGGCGAGAGCCUCAUGGCGGAGGAAGAGAGCGACCAAGAGGCCGAACGCCUCGGAGAAGAGCUCGUGGCCAUUGUGGAAUCCCCGCCGGGCCCUGUGGGGAUUAGAGCUGCGAGCGACAGCAGAGGCGGCGUUGGCUGCGGCAGCGGCGGCGGCGGCGGCGUCGGGAUCAGCAGUCGGGAUUACUGCCGACGCUUCUGUCAGGUGGUUGAAGAUUAUGCUGGAAGAUGGCAGGUCCCUUUGCCACAGCUUCAGGUUCUUCAGACUGCACUUUGUUGUUUUACAUCAGCCAGUGCAUCAUUCCCAGAUGAAUGUGAGCACGUACAAUAUGUUUUGAGUAGCCUUGCUGUGAGUUUCUUUGAGUUGCUGCUGUUCUUUGGAAGAGAUGAGUUUUAUGAAGAGCCCUUAAAGGAUAUUCUUGGAUCAUUCCAGGAAUGCCAGAAUCACCUCCGCAGAUAUGGAAAUGUGAAUCUGGAACUGGUGACUCGAAUCAUUAGAGAUGGUGGUCCGUGGGAAGAUCCAGUGUUGCAAGCUGUUCUUAAAGCCCAGCCAGCAUCUCAGGAGAUAGUGAACAAAUAUUUAAGUUCUGAAAAUCCACUGUUCUUUGAACUACGUGCCAGAUAUUUAAUUGCUUGUGAACGCAUACCCGAAGCAAUGGCUCUUAUUAAAUCUUGUAUAAAUCACCCAGAAAUCAGUAAAGACUUGUACUUCCAUCAAGCACUCUUCACAUGUCUGUUUAUGUCACCUGUAGAAGAUCAGCUAUUCCGGGAGCAUUUAUUGAAAACUGAUUGUAAGAGUGGAAUUGAUAUCAUCUGUAACACUGAAAAAGAAGGCAAGACUAUGUUAGCCUUGCAACUCUGUGAAUCCUUUCUUAUUCCACAGCUCCAGAAUGGGGAUAUGUACUGUAUCUGGGAGUUGAUUUUCAUAUGGAGUAAACUACAGCUUAAAUCUAAUCCUUCAAAACAAGUUUUUGUAGAUCAAUGCUACCAGCUUUUAAGAACAGCAACUAAUGUGAGAGUCAUAUUUCCUUUCAUGAAAAUCAUUAAAGAUGAGGUUGAAGAAGAAGGCUUGCAAAUUUGUGUUGAGAUAUGUGGUUGUGCUCUACAACUCGACCUUCAUGAUGAUCCCAAAACUAAAUGUCUAAUUUAUAAAACAAUUGCACAUUUUUUGCCUAAUGAUUUGGAGAUCCUCAGGAUUUGUGCGCUCUCAAUAUUCUUUCUUGAGCGCUCCUUAGAUGCUUAUCAUACUGUUGAAGAGCUUUACAAACGUCCAGAUGAAGAAUAUAAUGAAGGCACAAGUAGUGUUCAAAACCGUGUUCGUUUUGAAUUACUUCCAAUUUUGAAAAAGGGAUUGUUUUUUGAUCCUGAAUUCUGGAACUUCAUAAUGAUUAAGAAAAACUGUAUAGCAUUACUGAGUGAUAAAACAGCAGUCAGAUUUUUAAAUGAAAGUACACUGGAAAAUUCUACAGGUAAUCUAAAAAGGACAGUGGAACAGCAAGGUUUAAAUGAAGCGCCUGACUCUCUUACAGAUCAGAGCACUGGGGAGACUGAUCCUGAUGAUCCAUCUGGAGCACAGUUUAAAGGUCAUAUUAAUACAAAGAAAAACCUUAUAGCUAUUAAUACUUCCAAAGUAGAUCACAGUGUCCCAAGGCAUCGGUGUAUGUUAUGUAACAAGGAAUUUCUAGGUGGUCACAUUGUACGGCACGCUCAGGCUCAUCAGAAAAAAGGCAGUUUUUCAUGUGUAAUAUGUUGUAGAAAAUUUAGAAACAGAGGACUUAUGCAGAAGCAUUUAAAGAAUCAUGUUAAGAAGAUGCAGAGACAGCAAAUUGCUGCAGCUCAACAGGACGAUCAGGAAAUCACUGCUUUGGAAGAAAUAAAUUGUUCCAGUUCUUCCAUUUCAUUUGAAAAUGGGAAUUCUGAUAAUAAGGAUUUAGAAGUGGAGACUCUUACUGCUUCCAGUGUUGGAAACCAAGAAGUCAUCCCUGAGCAUGUGGCUGAAUUCAUUGAAAUUCCUGUAAGCAUACCAGAAGAUGUUAUUGAAAACGUUAUUGAAAAUGGCAGUCCUGAUACUUCUUUAAAUGUCCUGAAGCCUUUACCUGAAUGUGAGGAUUAUGAGGAGGAAGAGGAUGAAGAAGGUGAUUAUGAAGAUGAUGAUUAUGACCUAAAUCAAGAAACUUCAGUACUUCAUAAAAUCAAUGGAACUGUGUGCCAUCCAAAAGACAUAUAUGCUACAGAUCAAGAAGGAAACUUUAAAUGCCCUGCUCUUGGCUGUGUCAGGAUAUUUAAAAAAAUUGGAUUUCUAAAUAAACAUGCAAGGACUGUACAUCCAACUGAUUUAAAUGUGCGACAAACGGUAAUGAAGUGGAGCAAAGGAAAAUGCAAAUUUUGUCAAAGGCAAUUUGAAGAUUCUCAACAUUUUAUAGAUCACCUUAAUAGACACAGCUAUCCAAAUGUGUACUUUUGUUUGCAUUUUAAUUGCAAUGAAUCAUUUAAACUGCCAUUCCAGCUUGCCCAGCAUACAAAAAGUCACAGCAUAUUUCAAGCUCAGUGUAGUUUUCCAGAAUGCCAUGAGCUUUUUGAAGAUCUUCCUCUGCUAUAUGAACAUGAAGCUCAGCACUAUUUAAGUAAAACACCAGAAUCGUCUGCACAACCAAGUGAAACAAUUCUUUGGGAUGCUCAUACAGAAUCAAAUCCUAAUCAUCAGGAAAAAGACUCAUCUAGUAAUGAGAAACAAACUAUUAGUCUGCCAGUUUCAACUAGCAAAUCAAGGAAAGAUUCUACAGAACCAAAGACAUGUAUAGAAAGCAUGGAAAAGAAAACAGACAGUUCAGUUCAAAAUGGAAGUGAACAUUCUGUUGACACUGUUUCAAAUAUAAGCUUGAUAGACCAAAAGAUGACUGACAUAGAGCCAAAUUCUGAAAAUAAUUGUAGUGUUAGUGAUUUAGUCAAUGGACAUAGUGAAAUAGAGCAAACACCUUUAGUUUCAUCAGAUCCUGCUUUGAAAAUUGAUACAAAUAGAAUUAGGACAGAAAAUGGUUCCAUUUUACCCACUGUUGUAUCACAAGAACACAAUAUCCUACCAGUAUCUCAGGCACCUUCCAAACCAAAUCUGACAAGUGAACAUACUUCAUAUGGCUUAAUUUUAACAAAGCCAUAUGUCAGACCAUUGCCUCCUAGUUACCUUGAUGAACGGUACCUUAGUAUGCCAAAACGCAGAAAAUUUCUGACUGAUAGAGUAGAUGCCUGUUCUGAUCAAGAUAACAUUUGUAAAAAAUCAGUGAAAAGAUUAAGAUGUGGCAAAUGCCUAACCACCUACUGUAAUGCAGAAGCACUUGAGGCUCACCUUGCACAAAAGAAAUGUCAGACACUCUUUGGAUUUGAUUCAGAUGAUGAAAGUAAGUCUUCUAUCUUCUCAGUAGAUGUAUCUGUAGAAAUAGAAAAUGCCAUAAAUAUAACUAUAAUAGAUCUUUACGAGGUAAAAAAAUUAGCAUUUGUAUAGCACAGAUGGUGAAGCACUACCCCACACGUUAUUCUCUUCAAUCCAUACAACCACUGUGAAGUGCUAUUACUAUUCUUGUUUUAUAGGUCAAGCAAGUGAAAUUCACAAAUUAAGUAAUUUGCAUAGACCUAUGAACUUGUGGAAGCCAGAAUCUGAACACAAGUUUUUUAUACCCUUUGAUCAUACUCUUUCCUCUGUAUCAGGGACUUUUCUUCAUUCCCAGUUUCAUGUAAUAGAAGUUUUAGAAGCAAAGUAAUUUUGAUGGAAAUGUUUUUUCAUCAGCAUGCCAGAACAUAAAUCAAGUGAGACUGAGUCUCUAUUACAAAAACAGAAGUAAAAAAAGAACCAGAAAAUUGAAAAACAAAAUUAGCAAAAGAGGAGAUUUUCUUUUUACUAAUAUCAAUAUCCCUUGAAUGAGUGAGGGUAUAAAUUAAACAGGAAUCUAACUUAGAAUUCCAGCUGAACAUCUAUAAAAUUUGAAUUAAUAGACAUGUUCUGUUUUACAGGUGCCUGAUAAAAAUGUUUCAGAAAGAUCUGUCGAUCAAGCAGUAGUGUGAGAAAAGCACUACAAGAAAAUGCAUCAUCAGUUUGCUAUUUCCCUGAUGGCCUUAAUUUUAGAGUGGUCUCGGAUUACUAAUGAUAAGAUAAAGCACAUUUUCUAGAAUGAACCCACAAAGGAGAUGUGCUGGCUUAGACUCCAAAAGGGUUAAUAUAGAACUCCCAAAGUACCAGUUAUCCAGAAAACCACAUUUUAAAAAAGUUUAUGAUGAUUAAUAGCAGCAUGUUCAGUUUCGCUUAUGUGGGAAACAUGUUCAGGCAACUAGUCAGAAAGAAAAACCAGCUAUAGCCUUACAGAAAGGGAAGUUAACCCACUAUAAAAAAGGGAGGGGGGAUGGCUUACAAUAAUAAACAACUUAAAAGUAUUCUACAAAUGGGAUUUGUUUUCUUGUCAUGCAUAAUCAGAUUACGUCCUCCCUUCUGGUCACAUAUGUUCUAAGGAGCCAUUGCUGUUUGGUUUGUGAUAUAAUUUAGAAAGUGAUACAUGAAAAUAAAACUUGAUUUAUCAUCACCAUACUAUCUAUUAAAGAUUGUAAUUUAUUUCAAAUGAAUAAUUAGGCCAAAGUUGUGAACGGCAUGCCAACAAUGAAAAUUAAAAAACAAAACAAAACAAUAAUGCUUUGCUAAUAAGCUCUUUAUAAGGCCUUCCACUUUCCACUUUUGUAAUAAAAAUUAGUUAUAUUAAAAGGCAAAUGUAUAUUUAAAAGAAAAAAGUACCAUCAGUAACUUUGGGGAAAGAUGGGAGGAAUCUAAGACCAUUAUAGGAUAUAUAGUUGAGAAGGAAAACACUGAAUUGCAAAUUCUUCAAUGUGAAUAAUGAAAGCACACUGGGAUAUUUCUGUUUGUAUAUAGUAGUAGGACAUUGCUUGAUGAUUCAUAGUAAAGUCCUUCAUACAUUUAAUGUGAGUUAUCUAAGUACAGUCCUAUAAAAAUAGAUUAAAAAAAUAUGUCAGCUGUGAAUCAGGUCAAGAAUUCAUUUUAUUUAAUUAGAAGAGUAAUUCCAGAAUAAGCCAUACUACUCAUGUUUUUUAUUCAUAAGUGAUGAAUUUGGUCUGAAUAGCAAUUUUUAUAUAUAAAAGGAAGUAUUUACACAAAAACUUAGCAAGAACACAAUAAGAGAUAUAUUGAUGUAUUAUUUUCCUUGGUGACCAGUAAUUUUCCUAAGAAGAUUUUAACUUAAUAGUCAAUAAAUUUGUUAUUAAAUGUUCUAAAAAAUACCCUCUCAAAUGUUUUCCACUUACCCAUUAUUGAAAGGAGGAUGUUUAAAGACCUCUCUUACCUAAUACAAGAGUACUUCAAAAAAUUUGUGGAAAAAUAGAAUUAAAAGAUAAUACCAAUCUUUCAAUGUACUUUUCAAAGUACCCUGUAGUGUAUUAAUCUAAGACGGAUAAAAAAAACAAAAAUGCAAGGGCAAAUUUUUAAAAAAUGGACAUAUUAAUGUAUCAUUAUUAAAUAUUCCAGUUAUUCCAACUGAUAAAUUUUUGUUCAAAGCAGAUAAUAUUAUCAGACCCUACUAUUACAAAUUUUAUAAUAGAGCUUCUGGGAUGAGGUUACUAGGGAAGAGGGACAUUACCUCCAGGGUAGCAUCCAGACUUUAUUAAAUUAGGAUUUCCAAGUCACGAUAGAUCAAAUGAUAUCCCCCCCCAAAAAAAUCUCACUUUAUUUAUCAUGAGCAUUCACUGCUAUGCAAUGAUUGUCAUAAGUCCAUUCCAAUCAAAUUUAAGUUUAUUUUUGUUAUGUAGCCUAUAUUAGGCUGUGGUAUUU